ACUGUUGUGCUGUAGCUAGGGGCAGGUGCCAGAGGAGCUGCUGCUGUCCUCAACACAAAGAGAAUAGAGCCGGACAAACGCUUCAAAUUCUUAUUUAAAUAAAACCAUGAACACAUUACGGUCAAUUCAAACAUUAUCCGCUAAAUUAAAAUAAUACUCAUGACUGGUUUGGCGUGAAAUGUCCGAGUCGGACAAAGGAGAGACAUUCAACAGAAACUGCGCAGUUUAAUGGGAGCCGUGACCUGAGCAGAUAUGCCAGCUGACGACAAGGUUGCCAUCCUGACGGACGACGAGGAGGAGCAGAAGAGGAAGUAUGUGUUGGCCGAGCCGUUCGACGCGGCGCCGUCGGGGCAGCCGGCAGGUGUCUCCGCGGAUAAGCCACCAGAAGCCGUGGACACGCCGCCCGGGCAGCCGGAUGCCCCGCAGCCCGCCUCCAUAGACUGCUGCGAGAGGAUGUGCCUCCGCAUCAACAGCCACCUCCUCAUCUCCAAGAUCUUCUACCUCUUCUUCUACGCCGCGUACGGCUCGCUGCACCCGCUACUCGCCCUGUACUACAAGCAGCUCGGCAUGUCGGCCAGCCGCAGCGGGCUGCUCGUCGGCAUCCGCUACUUCAUCGAGUUCUGCAGCGCCCCCUUCUGGGGGGUGGUGGCCGACCGCUUCAAGAAGGGCAAGAUGGUGCUGCUGUUUUCCGUCCUGUGCUGGCUGGUGUUCAACUGCGGCAUCGGCUUCGUUAAACCGGCGGAGAUGAUGUGCGUGGUCAUAGGCGCCGACCUUCCUCCGACGGUCGUGGCGGCCGAGACGACGACCCUCCCACACGACAACUUCACGCAGACGAGCAACUCCACCAACCGCACCAGACGUCGCCGGAGCUUUCUAGAGCUCAGCGGGUUUCCUCAGAUCCUGGACUCGCAUUUCAGCGUGCUCCAGAGGCACGAGCGAAGCACAGUAUCCAACGCAACAUCCGCACCCUUGGAGCCGGCCAACACCACCCAGCUUGCGCCAAACGCCACACUCCCCACUACCACCACCACCACCACCACCACCACCACCACCACCACCUCCACCACCACCACGACCCCCCCAGCUUCGACUUCAGCCGAGAAGCACCAGAUCGUCUACAACAAGGACCAGGUGGAGAGCAUCUUCCUGCUCAUUCUGCUCGUCAUCAUCGUCGGCGAGUUCUUCAGCGCGCCGGCCGUCACCAUCGUGGACACCGUCACCCUGCAGUACCUCGGCAGGGCGCGCGACCGCUACGGCCUGCAGAGGAUGUGGGGCUCGCUGGGCUGGGGUCUUGCCAUGCUGCUGGUGGGCAUCUGGAUCGACCACACCCACAUCAUCGUGCCGAUUGACGGCGUGGGCUGCGUCGUGCCCGACUUCCGUCUCCACAACUACCAGAUCGCCUUCAUUGUAUUCGGCGUGCUGAUGGGUGUCGCGUUCGUCGUCGCCACUCAGUUUUACUUUGAUAACGGCGGCGACUACAGCCAGGAGCUUCCAGAGGGGGCGGCCGAGGACGGGAGCAGCCCGAGAGCGUUACCGGAGACCGAGUCCGACUGCUCGGGCCAGACGCCCCCGGACGCUGCUCCGGAGUUCCACUACAGUGACCUGCUGAAGCUGCUCUGCAGCGUGCGCUACAGCUCGGUGCUGUUCGUCGCCUGGUUCAUGGGCUUCGGCUACGGCUUCGUCUUCAGCUUCCUGUACUGGCAUCUGGAGGACCUGCACGGGACCACCACGCUGUUUGGGGUCUGCUCGGUCCUGAGCCACAUCUCGGAGCUCGUCGCCUACUUCACCAGCCACAAGUUCAUCGAGCUGGUCGGACACGUCAGGGUACUGUACAUCGGCCUGGCCUGCAACACUGCUCGCUACCUGUACAUCUCCUACCUGAAGAACGCCUGGACCGUCCUGCCCAUGGAGGUCCUUCAAGGUGUGACCCACGCCUCAGUUUGGGCCGCCUGUAUCUCCUAUCUGAGUGCCGCGGUCCCCCCGGCCCUGAGGACAUCGGCGCAGGGCAUCCUGCAGGGCCUCCACCUGGGCCUGGGCCGUGGCUGCGGAGCCAUGGUGGGGGGAGUGUUCGUCAACUACUUUGGUGCUGCAGAGACGUUCAGAGGAAUUGGCAUGGCCUCCCUCGUCAUCCUCCUAAUCUUCUCCUUCAUCCAGUGUCUGACUGGAGAGACUGAGGAGAAAGAGGACAGAAUGCUUGCGGAGAACAUCCCGGUUCCCUCCAGCCCCGUGCCCAUCGCUACCAUCGACCUGGUGCAGAGCCAGACUGUCCCCGGGAGCCCCACCCCGGCGCACCAGGCCGCCCUGCGGCCCAUCAUGAAGACCAAACACCAGGAGGAGCAGGAAGACGUCAGCAGACCAGCCUGGGUGCUCUCCGGCGCCCCCUGGGUCACCAUCGCCUUCGCCAUCGUCCAGAUCAAGGAGAUGAUGAACAUGGUGAAGACCCGCAGACCGCCCACAGAGACUCACCCCCUUCAGGUGAAAGGUUCCUAAUGAGCAGGCGUCGGCCGAGUACAAGGCGGUGGCGACGUCCUACAGAAACCCGGGUGAUGACGGCACAGGAGCGCCCACACAAACAUCCACCGCCCAUCCAACACCCACAGACUCUAACGAGGACAAAGACCAAACGCACCCGUCCUCAGACGGUGGGAAAGAACAGCCAGCCUCCACAGCUGACAACACACACUGACCAUUUUCAUUUACACACACUGCUCUUCGCUUAUGUCACUGUACUUCCUUCCUAAAUGAGUCAGUAUCUUGACAAAACACUGUAAUCAUUUACAUGUAUUGUUACAAACCGGUUUGAAAUAUUUCAAGAAAAAUAUGGCAAACAAGUUGGAAAUACUGCAGCUCAGACAUGACUUUGUCGUUAAGAGAUUGUUUUUGCAAAGGGGCGUUUGGGUUGAAUGUUUGGAUGAAUGCCAAGGUGUGCUACGUGGCUUUUUUCUCCUUCGAAGGUGGACGAAUCUAACUUCCCUCGCAGUGUUGUGCGCUAUUUAUUUACUACCCUCUACCGGUGGAGUGUUAUUUAUUAACUUAAUCUACUU